GACUCGUGAGAUCCCCCUCCGCUCCGCCCCUACUGGCCUAAUACUGCGCCGCCUCUCGCCACUCCUCAUCCUCCAUCGGCAGCGAUCUCGGAACCACCACUCUUCUCGGCCUUCGAUGGCGGAUUUCUUCGUGGGCGCCUCUGUCUCCCUCCUGAGCAUCUCCACCACCCUCUUGAUUGGCGCUGGUUGCUUCGCGUUGGGUUUCCUCUUCGCGCACAAGGAGACCAAGAGAGGCUUGCCUUUCCCAUUUUCUUGGAUCAGGUCCUUAGCUGAUAACAAGAGAGUCGCCGUUCCGGCCGACGAUGGUCCCGGUGAGCCGAAGUUUGUGGAGAGGGCCGUGCAGAAGAAACCCGCCCUUCUCGAGAUCGAAAACCUUGCUGAAAUCCUUGAAGGCUUCAAAAUGGUUUUGGUUGUAAGAAAUGAUUUGAAGAUGGGGAAAGGAAAGAUUGCUGCCCAAUGCAGCCAUGCAACUCUGGGUUUAUACAAAAAGCUCUUUCAUAAAGCUCCAAAAGCAUUGAGCAGGUGGGAGGAUUGUGGCCAAGUUAAGGUGGUACUGAAAAUUGAAAGCGAGGAAGAUCUUCUUGUGCUACAAGGAAGAGCAAAGUCUCUAAAGCUACCAACCCAUAUAACAAUUGAUGCUGGAAGGACACAAAUUGCACCGAAUUCAAGGACGGUGAUGGCCAUUUUGGGGCCGGCCGACAUGGUUGAUGAUGUCACAGGUGGUCUGAAGCUUCUAUGAUAUUUUAUGACAGCAUUCGACAACCAGGCAUUUCUCUUGAGAAGCUAAAGGAAUCAUCUUCAGUUGCACCUUUUAUGGUUAAAUUGCUGCUUGACUAGAACUUGAGGCCUGGAAUUUCCCAGUCGUUUGGUAAGUGGAUCAUGCUACAGUAGGUGCUUGAGCUGCCAAAUCCAGUUCCUAAUUUCUUGGUGUGUAUUGAUCAGAAAUGACAAUCGUCUGAUCUGGAGAAGCCAGCCACCAAGGUCCUGAUAUAUGUUGCUGUUGUUUUCAUGAUGGUCUGUAUGUAUGCAGAAAAGAUGCUUGAUUCUGUGAUGCACUAACAUUUGCAAUCUGAGUCAUUAUGCAUCCCAAGAUAGGUGGUGGUAUGUCACUCAUUAUGCAGAUAGAUAUUUUGAUGUGAUUCUCCAUUA